AAACAAGGUUAUAUUGACUUUGAAAUUUCGCCAAUUCGAUGGCUUCAAUAGUUGGUCACAUUAUUGACCGGGCUCAAGUGGCCAACUCUCGUUUCCCUAUAUAAACCCUCCUUAGGGAGCAAUGAAUUGCAUCAUUUCAUCACUACUCCAUACAUUGUAUUCAACCGAAAACUUUAACCCCAAAUCAAGAAACCAGCUGUUAACGAAGAAGAGAGAAUCAUGGCUGCUCCAACCGGUUCGGUUAUCAUUCCCGACAUUUCCCGGGCUGACUUUGGCGAUAACUUCACCUUUGGAGCCGCUACUGCAGCUUUUCAGGUACUUCCUCUGUCCUGACAUUACUGUCCAGUUUCCAUUCUUAGUUUUAGAAUAAAUUGAUUAGGUUUAAUUUUGAGUUUGGAGAUUUUGUUUUGUUUAGAAAAUCUUUCAGAUAAUAUGUCAUGGAAUCUAUAAAUAAAAAAAAAAAUUAAAAAAAAAUUCUGUGAAGCACCAAAUGAAAGAUUGCUCCAUCUUUAGUGAUGAAAUCAAAAAAUUGGUAUAUGAAUCGUAUAUAGGUGGAAGGUGCUGCUGCAGAGGACGGCCGAGCACCGAGUUUAUGGGAUACUUUCACCGUGCAAACUCCAAGCAACGUGAAAGAUGGAAGUAACGCUAAUGUUGCUGUUGAUCAAUAUCAUCGCUACAAGGAAGAUGUCAAGAUCAUGAAGAAAAUUGGUCUUGAUGCCUACAGAUUCUCAAUCUCAUGGCCCAGAGUGUUGCCGGGUGGAAGACUUAGCGCUGGUAUAAACAAGCAAGGAAUCGAGUACUAUAACAAUCUCAUUGAUGAGCUCCUAGCCAAUGGAAUUGAACCAUAUGUGACCCUUUUCCACUGGGAUGUUCCACAAGCUCUAGAAAGUGAAUAUGGUGGUUUCUUGAGUGACAGAAUUGUGGAUGACUUCCGUGAAUUCGCGGACCUGUGCUUCUGGGAAUUCGGCGACCGCGUGAAAAAUUGGAUUACUCUGAACGAGCCAUGGACAUUCGCCGUACUAGGUUACGCCGGCGGCGGCACCGCCCCCGGAAGGGGUGUGGUCAACACAACGGAACAUGUCAAAGAUGAAGUUCCUAAACACAGAUGCCAUGCUCCACAUUCCGAUGAUUGCAAUGAAGAUGGUGACCCCGGCACCGAGCCAUAUAUUGUGACACACAAUUUGCUCCUUGCUCAUGCUGCCGCUGUUAAAUUAUACCGUGACAACUAUAAGUGCCAAGGAGGUAAAAUAGGGAUCACCCUAGUUUCUCAAUGGUGGGAACCACUUACCAAAACUCCAGAGGACGUAGAGGCAGUUGAAAGGAUGGCGGACUUUAUGUUCGGAUGGUAUAUGGCACCAAUAACCUAUGGUUACUAUCCAGAAAGAAUGAGAAAUAUUGUGAAAUCGCGACUUCCUACAUUUACCGAUGACCAAAGUAAAGAUUUAGCAGGAUCAUUUGACUUCGUCGGUGUAAAUUAUUACACCGGUCGAUAUGCUUCGGAUAUAUCUAAGGAUCCAAUCACCGUCGUUUCUUAUAAUACUGAUAUGAUGGUCAAAACUCAAGUUAGUGACGUCAACGGCAAAUUGAUCGGGCCAGUGGCUGGUUCUGAUUGGCUUUACGUUUAUCCACUUGGAAUUUACGAACUCCUCAAGCAUAUUCAGAGUCGUUACAAGGAUCCAGUCAUUUACAUCACUGAAAAUGGUUACGAUGAAGUGAAUGAUCCCAAGCUAACAAUCUCACAAGCGCGAAGAGAUGAGAAAAGGAUUGCAUACAUCCAUGAUCAUCUCCAAUAUGUUAAGAAGGCUGUAGAUGAGAAAGUGAAGGUUCAAGGCUACUUUGUAUGGUCUUUCAUUGACAAUUAUGAAUGGCAAGAAGGGUACACGGUUCGUUAUGGUAUGACAUAUGUGGAUUACAGAAAUGGAUACGAAAGAUACCCAAAAUUAUCAGCUCUUUGGUACAUGAAUUUCCUAAACCCUAGCAAAAUCCCAAAGCAAAUUGCGGGUUCAAAGAGGCCAGCUCCAGACAAUGGAGAACAGGGUUCUGAUGGUCAAAAAGCCCCCAAGAGGAAAGUCAUCUACAAAGUUUGA